CGGGCUUUUUCAGGUGGCAGUCUUCAGGUCAACCACCUCCAGCAUGGUGUUAGUUCGCAAACCUUCAAAGCUCAGAUGGCUGUGGGAUCAUGGUACAACACACCUCUCAUGAACGAUCUCGGUGCUGUCACAUCAAUCAUGCGAACGAAGAUG